AUGGAUAGCGCGAUGAAAGAAGCCGCUCAACGAGCAGCCCAACUCACGAUGACCAGAUCACAAUCGGUGGCUCUUGGACAACAGCCGGGCCCCCCUCUGGACCCGCCAAGACGCAACACAAAUUGCUCCAUCAUCGAAGAUGUUGACGGAGAACCCAUACUCAACGAUGAACUCGAAGGUUUAAUUGACGACGCUGCCGAAAUUUUGCAAGGCCCAUUACUUGCUUCAGAAGACGACGACGAAACUUCCUGGGCCCCUCCAGAAAAGGGGAAGGGAAAAGCGGUAGACAACACAAGCCCCACCCCUUCACGGACAAGCUCAUCAACAAGUAGAUUAGCCCCUGUCCAGAUUACCUCACCCGGCGAAUCACCUCGAACCCCAAAAUCACCAAUGCUGAAAGAUGGGGGGCUAAAGGCCCAUGAUCCCAGUCGAGAGCGGCCCAGGAGCUCACUAAGUGGGGGGCAGAUCGCCCGGGCAAGACAAAGCGAUGAAUCUAACGAACCCUUUGAUCUACGUACAGUAGUAAACCAUUCGGAAUCCCUCAACGAUAGAGUGGACAGGCUAUGUGAUGAAGGCCGCCUCGCCGAAGCCUCGGCGCUCCUCAGGUACAUCAACGGCUCCUCAACAGGGAGCUACCUAGACGACAGCGGCACCAGGAUCCCAGUGGCCAGCGGGAGCGGCCUUGCCAGGUCAAGACCGUACCAACUGGUGGAGGAGGAGCUAUUGUCAGCAACUGAAGACCACGAACCUCUCUCAAAACGUUGUCGACUAGAGAUCCCACCUCGGACCUCCCUAGGCCACACCUUGCCGCCUCAGCACAAAUAUCGCCCUCAGGCCGUCCAUCAGACCCAGGUGUCAUCUCCCCCUCACCACACAUCCAUCGCUCUGAGUACUCACAACCUCCAACAAGCGCCACACCCAGGCCAGAUGUCAAAUAACGGUUUUCGUAUGGAAGUGUCGAGGGGGACACAGAUGGAACAGAACACACCACUCUCUCAAGGAGCUCCCACUACCUCGACCUCUCGACCCCUGUCAGACCAAGAGGAAGAGGAGCAGGUCAAGCUAUUACUUGCUUCGAAGAGAGGUCGACUUGUACUGCGUAACGGUGACGUGGUCGAGAAUGGACGGCUUCUGGUCGCCGACACCACAGAAGAAAUGGAGAAAGGCCUAAAUCAGCUUUCCCCGGUCCUGACUCAUUGGUUGAGGACUUUCAAAUCUUACAUACCUCUCACGGUAUUCAACAAAGUCUUCUUGGUCGACGAUCAAACGGAGUGGAGCCGCCGGAAGGCACCAACCGAGUCUCGUAUCAAAGACGGGAACGCAUCAGUCCGGGUAUACGGGGGCCACCCCCCACCAGAAGAGAUGCUCAUGCAGUUCGAAGACUGGAUCGACUGCAUGUCCCUGUUCAUCAAAUACGUCGCAGCCGAAGGCUGGGAGACCCUAACGGAACGAUUCGAAGGCCAUCGGAAAGUGGUGAUGUCGCUGAGAGACGACUACAGUUGGAUGAUAGCACUCCGUUACUGCAGGCGGAUCAGACAGGGUGUAAUGCGAGAAACCAUCAACAGUCGAAUCCGUAAUUUCAGUGCGCUUCAGACAGCUAUAUUCGAAGAAGCGAAGAUAACGGCAGAUGCUCAACAGGAACGCGGUUACCGAACAAACCCCUACGCUGCAGGGGGCCCCUUAGCACACAUGAACCCCCUCAGCGGACUUCCACAGUCAACCUCGACUCCAGCCUCAUCUUCAACCAAGAAGUCAUCCUACAAGCCGGCCACGACAAGAUCAACGCGGCCAGCGACGACAUUAACCGCGUCCGACACAAGAGGAGCUUGGAUCCCAUCUCACGUAUGGAGAACAAUGUUUAAAGAGGAGAAGGUUGCGGCGUCUGGAAGAAGUCAGAGCGGUAUCGGAAGACAUAGAGAAGAGGAAAGGAGAAGCACUUACAGAGAACGCGAUAGAGAACCCUACUACGAGCGUAGCAGCGGACGUGAUCGAUAUGGAAGAGCAGACCGUAGCGCCGAGCGCAGACGUAGCAGAUCCAGGAGUCGAAGCCCGAGGGGCGGUAAAGGCAAGGGUCGGAAAUCGUAA